CUCUGCCGCAGAGGAGAAGGUUUCGCUGAAGAAACAGCUGAGACAUUUUGACAUCUUUCUGAGAUUGCUGUUACCUGGAGUUGACUGCCUUUGCAGCGGACAGAUUUGGAAAUCACUAUGGAAGCUUCCUCUGAUGUUUUAGACCACCUGUAUAGGAAAGUUCUUCGCGGAGCUCAGCUAGAAAACAAGAGCAGAGAUUAUGUCUCUUACCUCUCUCCACUGGUUUCCUGUGAAGGUUGUCUGGCCUCUCCCUCACGAUGCGGCCCCGGUGGCCAGGACCCAGCCCAGCCAGCCUCUCCCGCCACGCCCCUGAAUUUAAGGGGACCCUCUCUGAAGGCCAGUACCCAUGAACGAAUGCUUCUACAGUUAACAGUGAUCCAGGUGAUGGUGACCAGGGUCUUGUCUGCCGAGACUGCACCCAGCUGCAAGGAGAAAUACCGAGAGAUCCUGUACAUCCUUUUAAAAUCCUCUGAAGUGGAUUUGCAGUUAACCAGUCUGUUUCUGAUCAGGGAUAAACUCUUAUCUCACCUGGCUGCUAAGUGCCUGGGGCUGCUUCUCUACUUCCAGCUUCGAGAAAAGGUCCCACUGAGUGAUUCCUGGGUUGUGUUUUGCCGCACCAGUCUUGGUGAACCCUUGGCAAGUGGCCAGGUGGCCUGUUGCCUGUGGGUCCUGUCAGCUGUCAUCAAAGAAAUCUUAAAAGAUCCGGGUGCGCAGAAAACAGAGAGCCUGCAGCGGUUCCUGGCCCCUUUGGAUGCUGUGCUUGAAGACUUUUAUGAUCCCUUCUUCGCCCAGUGUCUUGGAAAUCUCCGUGACCAUCCUGAAGGCAUUGCCGCUUUGCUGGCUCUCCUGGACUUGCUGGAACUCCUCGCAGCCUCCAGGCCCCACCUGCAGCCACCGCACCCCUGCCAGAGGCUCCUCUUCCAGAAAGCUGCCCGCAUGCUGGAUGUGGUCCUGUGGCCUGUCCCGGCGUUCGUGAGAAGGAAGUCCAUCCUCGCCCUUAAAAAGUGCCUCCUUGGCAAAGUGGGUGAAGACCUGAGCAGCGGCCCACUCCCUGCCCCCCUGCCACCUGAUCCCCAUUUAGAGAUGGACAAGACAGCCCUGGCAGACGUGGUUUUGCAGGCUGUGGAUUCGGGUCUGUUGAGGACUUUAUCUGUCCCUGGGCAGGCGCCCCACUUUGGGGGAGAAGAGAUCCAGCCUGGGACCGAUCUUGUCCCAGGCACAGACCAGGUGAUGCUUCGAGCAGUGAGCUUACUUCUCAUUAAAUCCUUAGAAGUCAGGUUCCAGCGCUGUGCUACAGCCAUCGAGGGGAAAGAUGAUUUACAGAGAUUCAUGGCCCAGUUACUGAGCUUCUUGAAGCCUCACCUUCAGCCCGCCCUGCAGUGCGACCAUCCAUGUAUGUGGCUGUCCCAAGUCUUCAUCGAACAAGAUGACGACAUGCUGGAGGCUGCCAAAGCAUCUCUGGGCAUCUACCUACAGCUCACCAGAGCGGGCGACACUGCUGGAAAGGACGGGCACCGCGGAAAGGCAGCAUGGACCUUUGACAUGCACAGCAGUGGCUGCGACCCUCACUGCAUCUUUCUCUCCGUCCUGGGCAGUGUCAGCUUUGAUCCCACGACGCUGCUUGACUUUUUGAUUUCCUCCGAAACCUGCUUCCUAGAGUAUUUCGUUUGGUACUUAAAGCUGCUACGAACAGACUGGGCCCACUUCAUCACCGUGUGCACCUGCUGGGAUGGAAUGAUGCUGGAAGUUGCUGUGACUGAUGACGGACAUGUCCCCCCUGUGGCCCGAGAGAGGCACCACCCAGGAGAUCCUGGUCCUGGGGCUGCCAGAGGUGGUCAGGGAGACAGGGGUGCGCAGUUGGCCCAGGCUCCCCGUCCUAUUCUGUCUCCACCCUGCGGGGCUCCGAGUCUGGUUGCCUAUGACAGCUCUGAUGAUUCUGAAGGGGAGAUGCCGGGACAGCAUCUCUCCCCUGUGGAACCACGAGCCAAGCCUGAGACACAGGAGACAGGUCGAGUUGGAGAAGGAUGCAGUUGGGAGCCUCCUUCCAGACCUGUGGAUCCGAAAGACCCUGCUCGCUGCUUCUCUGCAGCUCCUGACGCUGCCACCGCAGGCAGUGCCUCAGCACGGGGCCUGUGCUACCGAACCCUCAACUGCCUCGGUUACCUCCGCCAGGCUGUCGUACGCCUACAGGGAAGGGGCCUCUUCCCAUAUAACCCAGCGGCACUUUUGAAGUUGCUGCGACAUAUCGAAACUGUCUAUAGUCAGAGGGGCAUCCUCUGUGAGAGCGCCGAGUAUGAGACAGGAAGAUCGCAAAGGCACUGA